UCGAUUAUUUAGCACCAUAGGAGUCCGCGACCAUAUCUUCCAAAACGAGAUAUUUUCAUGCACUCACAGCACAGAUUAGGAUACUUGGUUUGCCAGUUUUUUGUUGUCAGGGCCAGCAGUGGACUACAAAGUGAGAAAGAUAAUGGGGUGGUCGGGUUCAAUCCCCUUGUCAUGGGCUCUUCCAACAACUCUUUGCAGCAGCAACUUCUUGUUCAAACAGUCAUGCCUGCCUGUUCCAGCAUUUGCAUCACAUGAGCUCCACUUUCCUAUCAAUGAAGAGGCAAAUUCUGACUAUGAAGUUUCAGUUGUCGUCCAGAGGAGCAGUAUAAAUUGUUCGAGGUCCUUCUGGCUUUCUAGAACGAACAAGAACAGUAGAAUAUGUGCCAGUCAAGUCAAAGUGGAAGAUACCACAGAAGAUGAGACAUGUGAACUUGUGAAUGGGGUGGAGCUCUCGAUUGGAGAGGGAGAUGAUGCGAUUAAUGCUUAUCUGUGCACGGCAGUGAAGAAUAAUAAUGGAACUGGCAUUUUGCUCUUGUCUGACGUAUUUGGUUUUGAAGAUUCAGCCACUAGAGAUUUUGCGUACCUUGUUGCUUGCAAUGGUUACAAUGUUCUGGUACCAGACCUUUUUCGCGGGGAUCCAUGGACCAAAGAGAGACCUAAAGCUCUCUUUGAAGAAUGGCGUGCUAGACAAAAUCCGGAACAUAUUGCAAAAGACAUUUUUAUCUCAGCAGAUUGGAUGGUCAAUGAAUUUGCUGCUGCAGGAAUCACAAAGAAACUGGGCAUCAUUGGAUUCUGUUUUGGAGGUGGCCAAGUGAUAGAUAUUCUUGCACAUGACCAGGGUGGCUGCUUUGGCGUUGGGGUGUCAUUCUAUGGAACAGGAAUUAGUACCUCAGCUGCAGCUAAUAUAAGGGUACCAGUGCUGUUUAUUGCAGGUGACAAUGACCCACUAUGUCCAGUGAACAAUUUAAAAGAUAUUGGGAAAGAAAUCGAGCACCAAAAAAUAGCAGUCUUUCAGGGAAGAGGCCAUGGUUUUGUCCACAGGCCUGAGUCUCCUGAAGAAGAUGAAGAUGCAGAGAAGGCAUUUGUCAUUAUGAGAAAUUGGCUGCAUGAUGGUUUGGCCAUAGAAACAUAAUAAGAGAAUGUUUAAUUUGUUUCUACUCUUACAAUUGUCAUAUAGUGCUUUUAAAUAGAAUCUAUAGUUUGUGCUUACAAGUGUUUGACUAAAAUACAUUCUCUCUAUAGAUGUAGCUAGGUGAAGCUACACCUCACUGGUGAGGCCUAGCCUUGUAAAUAUAACUAUGCUUUUGAGUUAUGUUGGAAGGUGUUGAAGUAUGAAUCAGUUGCGCAUAUCAGUGCUAAAGAAAUAUCAACCA